GGCAUUAUCUGAGGUGUCUUCCUUUGCGUCAUCUGUUGAAGGACCCAAGAUGUCUAUGCUCGCCGAGCCCCGCAGGAAACAGAAGUGGUCUGUAGACCCCAGGAACAGCGCCUGGAGCAAUGAUGACAACAAAUUUGGCCAGAAAAUGCUGGAGCGAAUGGGCUGGUCCAAGGGCAAAGGACUGGGGAGGAGUGAACAAGGAUCCACAGACCACAUUAAAGUAAAAGUUAAGAACAAUAACCAUGGACUCGGAGUAAAUGCCAUUCAUGAGGAUAAUUGGAUUGCUCACCAGGAUGAAUUCAAUGAGCUUCUGGCUCAGCUGAACGACCAUCAUGGUCAAAACUCAAGUAAUGAGGUUCCUCCAGAUCAGAUGAAAAGUUUCAGCCUGGAAGAAAAAUCAAAGACUUCUAAAAAGAGGGUUCAUUACACAAAAUUCACGAAAGGCAAGGACCUAUCCUCCCGUAGUGAAACAGACCUUAACUGCAUCUUUGGGAAGAGGACCAAGUCUACUAGACACCAAGAGCAGGAGAGCAGCAGGAGCGAGUCUCCAGUUGAAUCAGAGGAAAGGGUGACUCUUGCUUCUUCUGAACUGGAUACGGAGUCAAUAGCCAAGACUGUGACAAGUUCUCUAAGCAUGCAGGAGUAUUUCGCAAAGCGCAUGGCACAGCUGAGGAAGGUCCGUGGCUCUGCUGGUUUAGGAUCUUCUGUCAAAGCGGAGGCUACUGAAACAUCAAGCCCAGUUGAGGAGCUCGGUCCAGUCCACUGCAGCAACAGUAAUGCUGUAGAGCCCAAAAAAAAGAAGAAAAACAAGAAGAAAAAGCCUGUAGAGGAGCUGGAGUAUGUAGACAAGAAGUCCAGUGCCCCCAUUGUACUGGAAGAAAAUGAAAACCAGAAGAACGCGUUAAGGAAGAAAAAGAAGAGAAAAACUGCAGAAAUCAGUGUUGAAAAUGAAAACUCUAGCUCCACCGCUGUUCUGGCAAUGAACUGUGAAGAACCACGUCUCUUUAAGAAGAAAAAACUUAAACACAUGGAAAAGGAGCAUGAACAAACUGAAGAGUACAAAGUUAUCCAGGGUAAGGAGGACCACAAUGGAGUGAAGGAAUGUGAGGAAGAACUGGUUACUAAAAAAUCCAAGAAGAAAGGAAAGAGAAAAAGUCAAGAAUAGAGUGCUCUUUAGAUUUUGGUUAGAUUUGGCCAACUUCCCAAAACUUUGUUUCACUUGUGCCCUUAUCUGAAAGCAUCACAUUUAUAAAGACUUCUGUGACCAUAUUAAAUCUCUAAUACAUAAAAAACGCGUUUUUAUGAAUGAAAAGUUUGAAGUUUUCAAGUUAAUUAUGCCAGCUUAUAUAAAAUGAACUUUCAAUUAUGGCAAAAAAAGCAAAUUGUUUACAUUUUUGUCUCCUAAUAUGUGCAUGCAUUACUAUUUAAGCAACGCUUCAUAUUGUCUGUCUCCCAAUUUGUCCGUUUUAUUUUAAAAACUGAAAGGACAAAUGUGAUCUGUGUGAUACAUGACAUCUGAUGCUUUGACAUGACAGGCCUUUUUAAAAUCAGUCAAACUUUGAAAUGUCUCGAUAAAAUUUUUCUAAGUAAAUAGGGUCACACACA